AAAAUCAAGCGGAAGCUCGAGAUAGCUACACAAGACCUCGUUAGUGUUCUCAAUCAAAAAGUCGUACCUCCACGCUAUGACAGACCAUUGGAAUUCUUCAUCUAUCUCGAUGAAGCACACACUCUGACACAGGAAGGUGAACUCAGUAGCCCUCCUUCCAGUGCUCUGGACAUUUUUAAUACAGUCUUAGGAUGGCUAGUGGAGUUUCUGUUCUUCACAAUAUACAUAUCCACAACCAAUCUUAAGCCAACAGCUACUAUGCCUUCUAUUUCUGUUUCUUACCCUCAGGCUGUGUCUUGUCAGGAACCCAAUACUCCAUUCACUGAGCUCCCGUUUGACGUUUUUGCACAUGAUGUCAUGGGGUAUCUGCAUGCUCUAGGAGGAGGACAUAUUUUCCUUGAAGACAUGCAUAGUGAACAAUACCUGAGAAAAUUCAGAUGGAACAGCUACUCCAAACUCAUCCAAUCUCACUUGAAGAUUCCCUUUGUCAUCCCUCAAGACAGACAAUCCACGAUUGCUGGAUACCCAUCAGAACCCCUCCUCAUCGAAGCAGCAUCCCAACUAUUCCCAGGAGGUCAACUGGAAACAUACAUCCCCUACACACUCGACAAGGCAGAUUCAGAGGCCUACGGUCAUCCAGUUCCCGUUCUGGUCUUUCUCAACCACAUGUUCAACCAGAAAUGGCAAGACUCCAUCUUGAACAUCUGGCCUGUCGGUGAUGAACACGGACCCCCUCUCCGCGAAGCGUCCAAGGAUGUCUAUGUCAAUUUCACUCAUUUCGCUGAAGCUGGUGACAGCAAGGUCAUCCAGUACCUGCCUCAUAUAAUGCUUCAGUUCUUGAUGUACGGCUGCUGCUCUAUGAACUCUGUUGACUUGAUCACUGUGAUGCACCAUGGUUCUCUCCAGAAUCCUCUCAGCGAUAGCUUGACGUCUCAGCUGGCUUUCCAGAUCCAAGACUGUGCUGAAGAGGUUCCAGUUUUUGGUGGAACCACAGACUGUUACACCAGCUCGAGAGGACCUUCCUGUGCUGUCAUAGUUGGGGAUCAAGGAUAG